UUCUUUUCUUUUUUGGUUUUCACCCGUGUCUGUUCUCCGCGUUAGAGCGUAACUAUAUCCGGAUUUACGUCGUGUAGGGCCCCAUUCGGGGGCAAGCGCUCCCUACCAAAAAAUUUUCCAUAGUUAAGGUUCGAAAUCCGAGACCUCUCAUCCACCGGUAUAAAUGUCCUUUGUCAUUGCCAUGUCUCUAAUUUCUGCUCCUAUCACACGUGUAUCUAGUUAUCUACUACUGCCACUAGUAUUUUCAUACAACAAUAAUCCCAUAGCUAAUCCCUCUUCCCACCAGAGAUUAUUAACAAAUAAUCAUGUAUAAAGCCAGAAGUUUGAUUAAAUUAAGCCACUCAUUUAUAGUUGGGAGUUCACAUUAUUUGCUGAGUAAUGAUUAUGGCCGCAUUUUGAGGUGUCCAUUCCUUUCAAGAACAUAUUCAAAACCAAAAUCACCUAUUCAAAUACAUAUACAGUCAAAACCCCACUUAGAAUCUACCACAAGACAGUCCAUUUUUAGCUCCAAUAAAAUGAUUAUGACUUUAGGCCAUCAAGGCAAAGUUAAAGAAGCUCGGCAGUUGUUUGACGAAAUGCCUCAAAGAGAUGUUGUUUCAUAUGCUUCAAUGAUUACUGUUUAUUUAAAACAUAAGGACCUUCCUAAAGCUGAGAGGUUGUUUUAUUCCAUGCCUGAGAGAAAUGUAGUGUCUGAUUCUGCUAUGGUUCAUGCUUAUGCUAAAGUUGGCAGACUCGAUGAGGCUCGGAGAAUCUUUGAACGAAUGCCGGAUAGAAAUGUUUAUGCGUGGACCAGUUUGAUUUCCGGGUAUUUUCAGAACCGUAGAGUGGAUGAAGCUCGAAAGCUGCUUCAAGAAAUGCCUGAGAAAAAUGUGGUUACUUGGACUGCAGCAAUGGUGGGCUAUGCUCAAAAUGGUUUGAUUAAUGAGGCACAACGUAUUUUUGAUCAGAUUCCUGAGAAAAAUGUUAUUGUUUGGACGGCGAUGAUCAGGGCUUAUGUUGAAGAUAAUCAGGUGGAUCAAGCUCUUGAGCUCUUUUAUAAGAUGCCUGAACGUAAUUUAUAUUCUUGGAAUGUUAUGAUUCAAGGUUGUUUAAAUGACAAGAGAGUGGACAAAGCUUUGGAACUAUUUAAUUCGAUGCCAUGGAAAAAUGCAGUUUCCUGGACAACUAUCGUUACUGGUCUUGCACGAAAUGGGUUGUUAGAAAUGGCAAGAGAGUACUUUGAUCAAAUGCCAAACAGGGAUCCUGCUGCGUGGAAUGCUAUGAUAACAGCCUACGUUAAUGAAGGCCUAGUGGCUAAGGCCGAUGAACUUUUUGAUUCGAUGCCUAAUAAAGAUACUGUAAGUUGGAAUGUAAUGAUUGACGGGUAUGCAAAAAGUGGCCAUGAGGGUGAAGCCUUGAAGUGUUUCAUUAGCAUGCUCCGAUCGGGCUUAAGGCCGAAUCAGACUACUCUCACCAGUGUAGUGACCUCAUGUGGGGGGAUCCUGGAGUUAUUGCAAGCUCAUGUUCUUGUUUUACUGCUCGGAUUUGACCAAGACACUACGCUUAAUAAUGCUCUCGUCACCAUGUACUCCAGAUGUGGAGAUAUAAACUCAUCAUUGAUCACUUUUGAGAAUCUUAAAGUAAAGGAUGUUGUUUCAUGGACUGCAAUAAUACUGGCAUAUGCUAAUCAUGGUCUUGGAAACCAAGCAUUACAAGCCUUCGCGCAAAUGCUAAGGUUCGGUAACAAGCCAGAUGAGAUCACUUUUGUGGGGCUUUUGUCAGCUUGUAGUCAUGCCGGUCUUGUUAAGAAAGGUCAAAAGUUUUUCGAGUCUAUGAGGCAUGCCUAUGGUUUAAAACCGAGGGCUGAGCAUUACUGUUGCCUUGUUGACACUUUAGGUCGUGGUAAGUUAGUUGACGAGGCUAUGCGGGUGGUGCAACAGAUGCCUCCGGAGGAAUGUGAUGGUGCGGUUUUAGGGGCUUUACUUGGCGCUUGCAAGUUGCACGGAGAUGUUGGAGUAGCGAACCAGAUCUGCGAUGAAAUAGUAGAGCGUGAACCAGGUAACUCAGGAGCUUAUGUACUAAUGGCAAAUGCUUAUGCUGCUUCUGGGAGAUGGGGUGAUUUUGCGCAAGUAAGGAAGAAAAUGAAGGAGAGGAAUGUGAAAAAAGUACCCGGUAUGAGUGAAAUAGAAGUCAAUGGGAAAAAUCACAUAUUUUUUGUGGGAGACAAGUCUCACCCAGAGAAGAGGGAGAUCUACAUGCUGCUUAAAGAAAAUUUAUUGCCUCUAAUGCAAGAGAUGAUAUAGAGAAAUCAAAGAGAUGAAGAAUAUGAAGAAUAUGAUUUGAACCAUUUGUUCAUGCAAGUUUUUAAGAAAGGCGACCAUUAUAUUAACCUAAUAAGUCAUGUACUGUGACUUAACAGCCUUAUUUUAUGGUCCAGGAAUCAAUGUAGAAGCAUCAUGUACCGGCUAAUAUGAGAAAUUAAAAUGUCAAAGACGUGAUGCUGAAAGCUCGAGUUGAAGUAAAGAAAAAGACUACGGCUAAGAUGAACCUUCUCAAAGGAGAGUUGGAGAACCAGUUGAACAUUUAUUGUCGGGAAGAGCGUUGACAAUCAACCUCCAUCAUGUAUACAUUUUCUUGGGGGUAAGAAGAUUAGCUUCUAAGUGCGACGAUGCUGAGAAUGCAAUGCUUUGAUGGAAGUGCGAAGUAGUUGGACGUCGAGCUCUGUUGUUGCUUAACAUCAGUUUGCAAUUGAAGUCUGAAGGGCCUCCCAAUUGGGUAUGAAUGAGGUUGGGUUUUUGUAAAGGUGAAACAGAAAUUAGUUGUGAAUUGAUCUACCCUAAUUAUAGCACGUCAAAUUUUGUUUCUCGCAAUAUAGCUCAAAGUAGCUCAUGUAUGUUAUUCUUUCAAUAUAAAGGGCAGCCCGGUGCACGAUGCAUCUUUCACGCAGGGACUCGGGAAGGAUCGCAUCUCAUGAGGAGUGUGAUAUAGGCAGGGUCUGUGGAAGAACCGCACCUUAAGGGGUGUGAUGCAGGCUGCCUACGCUGAUGCAUCAGUAGCUGAUUCUACGGCUCGAACCCGUAACAA